AUGCAAGCCCAUUCUCUGAGGAGCCUUUGUCGGACAGCGCAAGCAGCCGAACGGAUCAGCUUCCUCAACCGUCAGAUCAGCCCUUCACCUAUCUCACAUAGAGGCUUCAGCAGAUCUUCCGUCAAGAUGGCAGCCCCUCCAGAGACCAAAGGCACCAAGCUGAACCACACCAUGCUCAGAGUAAAGGCAAGUCGUUCAGACCCCAAGAAGUCGCUCGAUUUUUACCAGAACACGAUUGGGAUGAGCUUGAUCGACACACACGAAGCCGACUCGUUCACGCUCUAUUUCUUGGCAUUCGAUAGCGCAGAGACUGCCGGUCUCAAGCGUAACCAGCGCGAGGGCAUCCUCGAGCUCACUCACAAUCAUGGCUCGGAGAGCGACGACAAGGUCAAGUACCACAAUGGUAACGAUGAGCCUCAAGGGUUCGGACAUAUUUGCAUUUCAGUGCCAAACCUACAGGAAGCAUGCGAUCGCUUCGAGAAGCUCGGUGUGGAGUUCAAGAAGAAACCGAGCGAAGGCAAGAUGCGCAACAUUGCCUUCCUUUACGAUCCGGACCACUACUGGAUCGAGGUCAUCGCGCACUAA